AUUUUGAACCAUAUUUGUCAUUGUACAUAAAUCUUUUGUAACGAUUUGAAUCCAUAGUUGAAAACUGUAAAAAAAAACGUAUAUUGUGGUGUGAUCAUUCUAUUUAAAACGUACUUAUAUCAUAUUCACAGUGCUAUAUGAUUACAAGUGUAUGUCUGGAUGAAAUACUAGUAUGUUAAACUGUCCUUACUUAAAAUGGCGUACAUAACUAUUAUCUGAUAAAAGGCAAUUAUAAUUUUUUACUUAACCUGUUCCAUAAAACAACACUACCAAUGUUACUACUUUUAUUAAUUUACACAACAAUACAAGGGACAGUAAGGGCCCAACAUAAUCUUACGCCAUUCGGCACAGCUACACAAAGUUCUAGGUUUAUAAGAAGCACUCCUGAAGGUGCAUUAUUGCCACCUAUAUCAAAUAAAUUUACUUUGGAGACAUGUUCAACCACAAACGUGGACGGUGCAUCAUUUGCAUGGUGGAUGUUUGAAAUCUCUUUUAAUUCUGCAUUUAUCUCAAAUAUAACUAUUUACUACAGAGAAGGCUCUGGAUAUCGAAUGAACGGCUUUCAAUUAUAUGUGACAAAUUCAUCUGUUAUUCCACCUGUUGGUUAUCUCUGUUAUGCAGAUGAUCCUGGUAUGCCAUGGCCAAGCAUUACCAAGACAAUACCAUGUAAUCAACUGGGAAAAUAUGUCAUUUAUUACGACACUGUAGGGGAUGACAAAACCGGACCUGUAGUUGAAUUGUGUUACGUUGCCAUCAAUGGAUGUCAGAAGGGUAUGUGGGGCACAGCCUGUUCAGAAUCAUGUUCAGCUAGAUGCAUUGGUCAUCAUUGUCAUCCUACAAAUGGUUCCUGUGUAUGGGGAUGUGACGAACAGAAAUGUUUAAAUAACAGAUGGGAUAUAUUAACAGGUGUCUGUACUGAGGGAUGUGUUAGAGGACUCUCGCAGAUUUGUAAUUGUCACAAAUAACAAACAACAAACAACAUUUUCCAAAAGACAAAAAAAGUAGGACAACAGAAUUACUAAAAAAAACCGGAUUUGACCAUCAAGUUGGACAACGGAUGUUCUUAAAUCCCGUUGACUUUCAUUGGCGAUUGUCAAACCGAGCACCGGAUGUAACAAAAUGAAUCUUAAUUAUUAAUGUUAUACCCAACAGAAAACAAUACACUUGCAGAAAACUGAUAGUAUACUGCAAACCAAAGGUUAGAAAAAUAAUCCAUUAUAUCUGGAUUUCUUCAAUAAAUGUAUCGUGUGUGAUGGUAGGUAUUGUGUCAAUGUGUUAUUAUCGAAUUUACCUUUCAUAAAGACAAUGUUUUUGUUUUUAUUAACUCUUAAAAAAGAUUGAUGACCAUGGAGACUGUCAGUAUUAACAAUCAUCUAGGUCACCUAAAUGUCUUCAUCAUUGAGCAAAGCCCACACCGUAUAGUCAGCUAUAAAAUAUCUCAAAAUGACACAUUUUAAAUUAAAAAAUAAUGAUGAUGAUGAUGAUGAUGAUGAUGAUGAUGAUGAUGAUGAUGAUGAUGAUGAUGAUGAUGAUGAUGAUGAUGAUGAUGAUGAUGAUGAUGAUGAUGAUGAUGAUGAUGAUGAUGAUGAUGAUGAUGAUGAUGAUGACGCCUCUGAUUAUAAGAAUUAGUCGAAGUGAUCGAUAUUACUACGUUAGCUAUAUCAAUCCUUAUUCAAUACUACAUUUAAAGAAUCAAUUCACCACGCAUUUAAUCAAAAACUCAACGAAUUUAACUGAUCGACAACGGUCGAAAUGCAAAAUACAAAAAAGACAUACAAAAUUUCCAAAAAAAAAAGAAAGAAAAAAAGAAACACAUGAUAAAAGACAUGGCUUCUAAUUUAAAUAAAUCAGUAAUUCAUUUUUAUCAAUAGAUAGAUGAUGCUCUUUCAUUCUAGUUUUUCUUUUAAAACAAUCUAGAAUCUUAAUGACACAAAGAAAAGAAGAAGAUGGUUUUGCUUGUUUUGAUAUGAAAAUUAAUGUAUAUCAAUCACGUUUUAGACAAAUGUAUAACCAUGCUUGCUGUAACUACUUACAAAAUUUGUAUUGACUAUGACAAAGCUUUUUUGAAAUGUGAUGGAGUUGGGACUAAUUUAUAGAUAUAAUAAAUAGAUAGAAGAUGUUUUUGUGUUCGGUUAAAUUGUCCCCUUUUAAAUUGUUAUACGAUGAUGACUGAUGUACCC